AUGGAAAGACCAAUGGUUGAUAAGAUCAUGACCUCACAAGGAAGCAAGGAUGGAGUUAUCAAAGGAGGAUGCUCACACCCUAUUCCUCUAGAGCUUCUGUUCAUUAUUUUCUUAAGAUUACCUGCCAAAACCUUAGCGAGAUGUGUCUGUGUAUCAAAGCUUUGGGCCUCCAUAAUCCCCAGUCAAGAUUUCAUCACAUCUUUCCAAUCUCAGUCACGCAUCCUCUUCUUUAUAAGGGAUUAUUACCAAACAAGAUUCGAGAACCGGUUCUUCUUGUCAAACCAACAAGAAGGAACAUCAUCUUUUCUUUCACGCACCACAUGUCACGUCUCUGAUUCAAGAUCCAGAUGUCGCCAGCCUCAAGAAGUCAACGGCUUGAUAUGUUGUGGAUACGGUACGAGUCCAGUGAUUUAUAACCCCACCUCAGGAAAAUCACUAACCUUACCAAGAAUCUACCUCGGCCAAAACGUUGGACCGUACGUUGAAAACAAUCUUGGAUACGAUCCAAUCAACGAGGAGUAUAAGGUAUUGUCCAUGACUCCGUUACCUGUUUAUGGAGAACGGUCGAGUGUAACACGAAUUCAUUGUCCUGGAACUAUAAGCGUAUGUAUCAACGGUGUUGUGUAUUACGGUGCUUACGUAGGGGAGAGUAUGAAGCGACUUAGCUUAGUGAGAUUUGACGUGAGGACUGAAAUGUUCGGUUUUACGAAAAUGCCAGAGUCUGUCCAAACUCUAAGUUAUUAUUCAUCAACUCUAAUGAACUACAAUGGAAAAAUAGCGUUAGCGUAUUCAAAAGGUUACGAUACAUAUGAGUUGUGGGUUUUGGAAGAUGCAUGGUCUAAGAUGUGUUUUUCGACGAGGUCAUGGACACAACCUUGUUUUAAAUUUAACGUUGAGGGCAUUAAUUACUAG